AUGCCGGCUCCUUCGAGAUCACAGGUUUUGGCGCUUUAUAAACAGAUCAUUAAGAAUGCCAGCAACUUCAACAACUACAGCUACAGAAACUACUUUCUACGCAAAGCCAAAACUGGAUUCCGUGUCACUAGGGAUUUGAAGGAUCCAGAAGCCGUAGAAGAAGCUUUUGUCAGUGCACAACGCGAACUCGGAGUACUGAAACGCCAGUCCGCUAUUUCUCAGAUGUAUACUUUUGACAAACAAGUUGUGGAGCCCCUAAAAGAGCAGAAGCGUCACACCAGCGACGUAAGCUAA